AGUCAGUUGAGGGAGGAACUCCGGCACAAAGUCAACCAGGAAGCCCGAGCAGCUAACCCAACCAGCCGCCUCCACUAGAAGGCUGAAUUUACAUUAGGAACCCAUCAAUAUAUCAGUACAGGAGUUUUAUUUGCUUUUUUAAACCGAUAUAUCGUCGCGUCAUGGCAGGCCUAUUCAAGAAGAAGACUGUCGACGACACAAUCAGGGAACAGUCAAAGGAGUUGCGUGGCACUCAGAGACAGAUCACCAGGGAGAGAGCAGCACUGGAGAAACAAGAGAAACAACUGGAGCUGGAGAUUAAGAAGAUGGCAAAAUCCGGCAAUAGAGAGGCCUGUAAGAUCCUUGCCAAGCAGUUGGUUCAGCUGAGGAAGCAGAAGAACCGGACGUACGCCGUCAGCUCCAAAGUCACCUGCAUGUCCACACAAACCAAGCUUAUGAACUCCCAAAUGAAGAUGGCCAGUGCCAUUUCCACCACCGCCAAGACGAUGCAGGAAGUGAAUAAGAAGAUGGAUCCACAGAAGACUCUGAAGACAAUGCAGGACUUCCAGAAGGAGAACAUGAAGAUGGGCAUGACUGAGGAGAUGAUCAACGACACUCUGGAUGAGAUCUUCGAUGAGUCUGGGGAUGAGGAAGAAUCUCAGGACAUUGUCAACCAGGUUCUGGAUGAAAUCGGCAUUGAGAUCUCAGGAAAGAUGGUGAGAGCUCCAGCUGCAGGAAAGAGCGUCCCUGGCGCUGCCUCAUCCAAACAGGCCGCCAUCUCCGAUGACGAAAUCGAGAGACAGCUCCGAGCCCUGGGAGUGGACUAAUACACACACUUACACACGUGUGCUCAAAGGCAGGCAGACAGAACAAUAUAUAUAUAUAUAUGUUAGUACAUACACACACAAAUAUUGAGCGGCAGAUUGCCUUACAGACCCUGGGAGCUGAACAUUUGAUCUAUUUAUGCGAAAACAAUAUUUAUAUUGACAUUGGAAUGGUCCAAGCCUGAAGCUGGAUUAAGAAUAGAUGCUUGGACUACAGAACCACCCACACUCCUGAUAAACACCUCUCUCUCGGAAAGGGCUACAGUUUGUGUGUGACCUUGGAAUUAUUAUGAUCCAUUAUUGAAUAUGAAUAAGUCAUGUAAUCUAUCACCAUUGAGCCUCUACAUUAAACUAAAGGCUGAUUUCUCAAAAGGUUUUAAAGAGUAAAAAAAAACCCUCCAUGUUCUAAAUGAAGAUGGAACCUAUAAUUUCAACUCACACUAUCUUCCCACUAUCUUGGUUGCUCAAAAAUGUUCUUCCUUUGUGGCGACCUAUUCAUAUUGUCUCUGCAUGGGUGUUCCAUUUAUGAUCAGUGAAGAUCCGUUAUGUGAUGCUUUUGUCAUCCUGUGAUGUAGGAGGAAGUCAUUAAUCAUCAUCAACCAUGUUCUUACAUCCUUAGGUACGUUACCAUAGCUAUUGGAGAUGAUGAGAGUUCGAACUCACUCAUAAAGUGUGUGAAAUGUCUGACAUUAUGCCCUUGGGCUAGGGUAAGGCCUUGACUCCUAAACAUUAUGCAUGAGAAUCCACGCUGAGAUGGAUCGAUCUGAGGGCAAACUGGCUAGCUGUUGAGUUGCUAUACAGAUUGCGCCUGGGUGAAAACCUAAUCACGCACUAAUCAGUACUAACUUAAGACUUGUGACUGGCAUAUCAAAGAGUUUUGAAUGGUUUGUUUCAUGCUACUGAGUAAUCAAAUGACUACAGAUUUUGUUCUUUCUUGGUUGAUGUUGGUGAUCUAUCUGUUUAUGUAUCUUAAGUGGGACAUGGGAUUGACAGUGAUUAUAGGAUGGCAUUGGUCCUGAUGCCUCUUUUCUCUUUCAGCUGCUGUGCAGUUACUGUCAUUUGUUAUUUUAGGCUGCCUCACCCACCCACACACACACUCUCACACACACACUCACUCACACACACAACAGCAUUGAUGCAACUUUUGCUAAAAUGACACUGUGAUCCAGGCGAUGUUGCCUCUUCUCCAGAGCCGUGCUGAAGUCGAAGCUUUUCCACCAGUGUCCCUCAGUAUCUGCCAGAUUUGGGCUAAAUGAGGUUGACUCAGACGCCUGCUCAUAUUGUUAGAUUCAGUCUUUGUCUUCCUCUCUCUCUGGGUUUUUUCCAUAUUUAAUCCCAUUGCCAAAAUAAAUUUAAAAACAGAAACUCUUGCAUGUGUCUAAUAGGUACAUGGCAGAUUUCAUUUAAUUUUCAGUAACAAUUCUCUCUUCAGUGUCCGUUGUUACUGUGGAAACUCUUUCAUGGUUGCUGGAAUUUGGAACGAGUUUUGACUUUUUUGGUUUGAGUGCGAUUCUCUGAAUACGAAAUGAAGGUUGUUUCAUUACUUUUUAAGAGCUGUAUGUAUACUCCUGUAUGUAACCUUUGUCAUUGUACCAUGACUCUGUUAAGGGUUGGUGGCUUUUAUAAGGAAUAAAAUUUCUUCAGGUACA